AUGGCAAAACAUGUCAUCUCUACUCCCUUCCUUGUUCUCUUCAUCCUCUUUAACACCAUUCAUUCUUCACAUUCAAACAACCAUACUGAUCUUGAAGCUCUUCUGGCAUUCAAGAAAUCCAUACAUGACGAUCCACUGCAGUCUUUGAGCUCAUGGAACGAAACAACGCAUUUCUGCUUGUGGAAUGGCGUCUCAUGCAGCAAAAGGCAUCCAAACAGAAUUGUCUCUCUUUCUCUUCCAUCACAAGGCCUCGUGGGAUCUCUUUCGCCUCAUAUAGGUAACCUCUCUUUCCUCAAAACCAUCAACUUGCAAAACAACACCUUCAGAGGCCCAAUCCCUCAGGAGAUUGGCCGCCUCAGAAGGCUUGGAAAGAUCGAGUUUAGUAAUAAUUCUUUGGGAGGUGGGAUUCCAUCAAACCUAUCACAAUGCAUAAAUCUUUACUAUCUGAAUUUGAUCGACAAUGAGCUCAUCGGAGCCAUAGUCCCCGGGAUAUCUUCACUUGUCAACCUCCAAUCUUUGGGCUUGUCGGACAACAUGCUUUUAGGGACUUUUCCACCAUUCCUAGGAAACCUCACAGAUCUGUUCCAACUUUCCUUAAGAGAUUGUGGCUUGCAGGGAGAGAUUCCGCAGUCGCUUGUUCAGCUUAGAAGAUUGCGGCUGCUAAAUGUGAUCAACAACGAUCUAACUGGUUCGGUGCCAUUAGGCCUUUUUAAUCUGUCGACCAUCGAGAUUUUCUCAUUGGCUGAUAAUCAACUCAAUGGCAUCAUCCCUUCCUUUACACUUCCCAACUUGAAAACUUUUCAUUUGAGCUCCAACCAUUUGACUGGAGAGCUUCCAGCUUCCAUCUCGAAUUCUUCUGAUAGGAUUUAG